AAAACCCUCGCAAACCGCUGACGCGCUUCCACCAGCUCGAGCUUCCACGGUCCUCCCCGCCCUCGUCCAGACAGCCUGCCAUCACCACCAGAACCCGCAAUCAUGUCGAGCGAUACAGUCACGCUACUCACAUUCAAGGCCGGCAAGGUCGAGUUCAACCCGCCGUCGAAGCACCUGAAGCCGCUGCCGCAGAAGGGAAAGAUCACGCUGCAAAAGUCCACAGACGAGGAGUCGCCUCUCCUGUCGUUCAUUUGGGAGCCGCGAGGUUCUUCAAAGAAUGAUCCGACCGUCGAACGCGACGAACUGAUGAUCUUCCCGGGCGAAGCCGAAUGGCUCCCCGUUGCGCAGUGCACGACCGGCCGGGUGUACGUUCUCAAGUUCAACAGCUCCAGCCAGCGGUCCUUCUUCUGGAUGCAGGAAGCUCCCUCCGGCGACAUACUGAACGAGAUAAGCGAGAACGAUCUCAAGAUUGCGACACGGAUCAACACUCUCCUCGAAGACAUCGAUGCCGAAGAAGUCGACAUCUUGGAAGAACAGUCUGGAGCGUCCGGCGACGAUGUCGAGAUGGAGGACUUGCCCACAAACACAGGCGACAGCGCGCAACAACAAGCGAGCUUGUCGAGCCUUAUCAAUUCGAUAGUCAUUCCUCCCUCCAGCAGCAGCACAUCCUCGGGCGCGCCAAUCCACGACAUCACCGACGCAAUCACACCAAAGCAAAUGGCCCAGUUCGUUGACUCUCUCGACGCCUCCGAUCCGCGACUGACGAACCUCUACAACUUCCUGCCCGCCGAAAUCCCAAAGACAAAGCCCGAGCUACUGAGGGUUCUGCAAUCGCCUCAGUUUUUGCAGGGAAUUAACAGCUUGAGUCAGACUUUCAGAUCCGCGGAGGGGACGAACGCGGGACAAUUGGUGGCUCAUGAACUUGGAUUGCCAUACCGUGGUGAGGGUAUCGAAGCAUUCCUGCGUGCUAUCAGAGCUGCGAUUCAAGAAGAGAAAGAUAGAGACCACGAGAUGCAGGAGUGAUCGCAUCAGAAUCUUGCCAUGAUCGAGCAUCUACAGGAA